CUUUCGCGCAGAGGAUGCAAUGAGCACGUACGCCAGAGCGAGGAGGCUACGUUCUCCUCGUAGAUCUCCGACAUGGGCUGCGUGAGGACGCCACCUCGACGAAGCCUGUAAGUACGGCAGCUGAAGACGGGCACCUGUCAGACGCACGGGCCCUGCCUGCAUUCGCGUAGACUGCAUACAGCCAUGCAGGUGAAGCCAGCGGUGUUGCUGCUGGGUCUGACGGCAGCAUGCCGGUCAUCAGCGGCUGGUCAAGAUAACGGCGCCUCGCCGUCUGAUGGAUCCCCAGUGCCGAUAUCUGUCCCGCUGCACCAUUACAAGAAGCCCCGUGUGCCGUCUGGUCGGCGUGUCAACGUGACGAGCCUGCUGUGUGGCCUGAUAGAGCUGGUGGAUAUUGACAAUGUGCAAUACGUACGUGACGUGUGUAUGCGGGAGGGGGAGGGAGGAGGGGAACCGAACCAGUCAGUGCACUCAGUGCACUAACUUGCCUUCUUUUGCUUGCGUGUGUGUGUGUGUGUUGGCUGCAGUACGGCAAUGUGGGUAUCGGCACACCGCCCCAGGUCAUGCGGCUGACAUUCGACACAGGUGAGGGAGUGGGAAAAGAAAGGACGGCACGCUGGCUGGCGUGUGUAUUGAUGGUAUGUCCAUGAUCAGGUUCGGCUGACGUCUGGGUGCCCUCCCCCGCUUGCCGGCCCUGCCAGACACCCAGAGUCUUCGACCCUAGGUCCACACACAUACACGAAAGAAAGGCGCACCCACACGUUCCCUGUGUUAACAUGUGUUGUGCAGCAAGUCGAGGACGUUUGUGAGCAGCAGCGUGUAUGAGGUUUUGCACUACGGCAAGGGCAUCGUCAUGGGCUCCGUCGCAUACGACACCAUCAGCCUCGGCGGCUACUACCUGCACGCACAGAACAUGCUACUCGUUGAAGAGGAAGACCAAUUCGAAGGUAGGGCCGUCCGUCAUCACAUGCACUGCACCGGUCUGCACAACACACACACACGCGGUCAGUCUGCUCACUGUAAAUACUGUGAGCGCGUUGUUGUGUCAGGGGCGACCUUUGACGGCGUGCUGGGUCUGGCGUGGGACGCUAUCGCCCACACAGGAGCUACCGUGUUCAGCAGGUCAGAGAGAGCAACCGCCCCAAACGCAGGCACCUUACCUUUCCGACAUACAUCCGUCUUGCGUACCUGCCGUGCCGUCUGUCAGGAUGGUUGCCAAGAGGCUGAUCCCCUCGCCGGUGUUUUCGGUGGCCCUCACCGCCGGCGCGGGCUCAGAGCUCAUUGUGGGCGGCGUCGACGCCAACAGAUUCGAUAAAGCCACUCUCGCGUAAGACCUCCACCACCAUCACAGCACCCUCCACACACACACACACACACACGAAGACCAUGUCAUUCGGUGUGUCAUUGGUCAGUUGGGCGCCUGUGAUAGAGUUCAAGUGGUGGGCGAUUGAGGGGUCCUUCGGCGUGGGCAGCAAGGUGCUCUUCAAGGACAUCAAGCUGGUGGUCGACACGGGCACAUCCUACUUCAACAUUCCAGCACCAUACUUCAGAGUCAGCCAGCCUGCCAACCCAACCGCACAUCUGAAACACUACGACACGACCGACACCCAUGACAUGUCUAUCUCUGUGUCUGUCGUGCUGCAGACGUUUGCUCUCGCCCUUCUGACGCACGACAAUAUGGAGAGAUGCUUCGUACGCAACACACACCCACACACCACACGCCUGAUCGAACACACAUGGCCGGUCGGCAUGUCUGUCUGUCUGCAUCUUCCUGCCCGAUGUCAUCCAUUGAUCGAUCCAUCAGGUUGAUGCUCAGUUGAGUGUGCUGGUGUGUGAGUGCGGACUCGCACACAAAGCGCCACCACUCACAUUCAACGUCGGCGGGCGCGUCUUCUCCAUCCCGGCCCUCUACUUCUUCUCUGAGCCACUGCCUGACGGCCUCUGCAUCCUUGAGGUAGGUAACUUAGCAGGGACACAUAUAUGUGGUCAGCACAUGACUUGAUGGCAUUCCUGUGUGCAUCUGUGACGGUGCAGGUAUCAGCCGGCCCCGAGACGCUGCCAUGGAUAUUGGGUGACGUGUUUCUGCGGCGCGUGUACGCCAUAUUCGACGUCGAGAAGGGCCGAGUCGGCCUGGCGGAAAGGUUCGCCGCGCCCCACACCGCCCAUCACACACGUCUGUGCAUGCAUCCUCCUUCCAUCAAUCAGGCUUGACGGCUGGCCUUCCAGCAGCAAAGCCAUCAACGUGGAGGCGAAUCUCGUGUCACUUGACGCCCUCUCCCCCUUCUCCCUCCCCAUCACGGCCAACGCAUCCUGGGCCACACCAUCGCUGGCCGGGGACGGCAGGGGCUGGCAGCGGCAGAAGCCGCAAACAGACCCGCCCUCCUAUGUGCCUUCGCCCCUGCAGUGGGUGGCGGGGGGGCUGCUGCUCGCUGUCUUCUUCACAUGCUUCUGGUGAGCUCGCUCACUCGCCCACACAAAUGAAGGACGGACAGAUGGGGUGCUCAUGCAUGGUGUUGUCGUUGUGUGUUUGCAGCCUCGGUUCGCUCCCCAUUUUGAAGCUGUUGUGGCAGCGCAUCCGGCAGAGUCUCUUCCUGCUCACCGGCGGCUCGCGGCUGACCAUCGACAUGCCACACAGAGGUCCCGCAGACGGCCAGCCCGACGACGACAUGAUGCUCGACGGCGGGUCCUACUGCAUGGCCCCCGGCAGCUCCCAACCGGCCGCCGGGUCCACCGACUCACCCAGAGGGCACGUGCGCAUGAACAUCCGCACAGCCCCGGUGGGAGCCGACCCAUCUACCGGCUUCCACACCAGUCUGGUGGCCAGUGACUCGAUGGUGUCCAUCCCGUCGCUGCCGAGUGUGUCGAAUGUGACCCCUCUCCACAAGACCAACCACUCGCAUGGUCCUGCGCAGAUAGUGGAUCUGACGACGGCCGAGGGGACACAGGAGGCACAGAGGGCCAAUGGUGGCCGUGCUGGGGCCGUUGCGAGCGGCGUGUCGCGGGCGCGCCAGUGGCUGUCGUUCUGGACGGGGACGGGGGCGCGGAGGGUUGUGGAUCCUCAGGCUCUGCUUCGCGACACUGCGGUGACCGAGGAAGGGCAGGAUAGUGCCCACCAGUCGACACAUGACGUCAACUAGGGAGGGGGAUGGUUGGGGGAGGUGGGAGGGCUUCUGUUUUGUAGGGAGGUUGGGUCUGCAGAGAUGUAUGGCAUCAUGUGUGGCGGCUAGGGGUCUGUCUCUCUGUCUGGAUGACCGUCUGUCUGCCUGUCUGUCUGUCUGGCUGGCUGGCUGGCUAUUGUGACAUGUGAGCUACAUGCAUGCAUACAUACCUUCGUACGUGUGUAGUGGAGGAGUGGCGGGGGUUGAGGGGCCCUUCACGCCGUUCCUUCUCUUUUUCUGGUCGGGCUAUCCGAUCGACGGCAAUUCCCUCACAGAUUUUCCGUAGGUGUCUCUCUGUCGUAUGUAUCUGCACGAGACCAUGGGAGAGAGAGGGUGAAUGGGUGAGGUGAGUUCCUAAGUCAUCUAUCUGCCUGCGACAUGACAUGCAUGUGUGUGCAUCCGUCCGUCUGUCUGUCUGUCUGCUGCAUGUACGUACGUGUGGUCUGUCUACACGACACGUGGUACAUGAGUGUGCGUGUCAAGAGUGGAGUGUGGACGAUGGCCGGCCUGUUUGUACACGUACGCGUCUGUCUCUGUUUGGGUGGGUGCUUAGUGUCCAUAUCCAGUACAUAUUUGUAACCCUGACUGACUCGACUCAUGUGUGUCGGUCGUGCCCCCUUCUUGCCAUCCACACCACACCACACCCAUACGGACUGACUAUAUGGAGGGACACCUCGCUCAUUGCGCUAUCUAUCUAUCUAUCUGCCGCAUACGCUGGCUGCAUACAGACACGUGUGUGAGAGUGCACAUGAUGGGAUGGAUGGCGGGUGCGUCGUGUCUGAGACAGACAGACCUGUGUGCGCUUUAUGUGUAGUGGAGGGCGUCUGCAAGCUUACACACACGCACAUGUGAGUGACCGUGCGUAUGUAUGGUGAGGGCUAUGUGUGCCUGAGUGCAGACUGACUCGAACGAACCGGAAUCAAGGUUCAUCCACCUGAGUGCACGUCCGAUAGCACACUCGACCCUCAUCACAUCCACGAUGGACAGUCAAAUAUCAUGCAUAAUAUCAAAUGCAGCCAGCGAUAGAUAGAUGCGGAAUGCUCGUUCUCAACGACAGACGAGGCCUGAACCCCUCGGCCCGGAAAUUGGUUGUUCGGUGUCUGCCUUUUCUCGACUGCCUGCCGUCCAUGACAGUGUCUGGUGAUGGGUGGCGUGACUCGUGUGUAUGUUGAUGGCUUGCAGCCUUUUAUUUGAC